UAUCGAUAACUUCGCGGUCACACUUACCCUAGCUCAGAUUUUGUGGAUUUCGUGGAAAAAGUGUAAAUACUUGAGAAAACAAGCGAAAAAAGUUUCUGCGGGUCGUGCGUCAACGUUAGCAAACAAUGCAAAAUCAAAUAUGUUUUCCACUGCAUACAGAAAAAUAAACAAACACAAGAAGCAUAAAGUAUGCAGAAAAUUAAGCACAAAAGGAGCCAUUAAGUGUUGCGUGUGAAAGAAUUAACAGUUUUGUGCAGCGUCGUCGUCGUCAUAAAACCUUUCUGUUUCAAUAGCACAUACAAUGGAUAUUUGUUGAAACUUUGUUGCAUUUACAAACUGGUGUUUAAGAACAAAAACAACAACAACAAGAACAACAGCGACAACCCUCGGAGGCACACGCAAAGCAAAAGAAAGAAAAGAAAAACAGAAAAUAAAUAUAUACAUUUAUAUAGCAUCAAAUUUACAUUAAGCCGCCGCCGCCAAGUCAAGUCGAGGAGGGGAUAAGAAAGAAGUAAUUUUUAUUGUAGGAGAAACGCACCAGUAAAAUUAAUCAACCAACUACACACGUUCCUUAAAACAAAUGUUUUCCAAACCGCAAACCAACUAAACGAAAUAUGCUUUUGAAUUAGUUUAAGCAGACAGCAGCAGCACAAGCAAAACCAUAAAAAGCGCGAAACAAUUAUUUUACUUUGAACACCAACAAAAGCCUGUGGCGACGAUAUAUAUAUAUAUCUCAAGAUAUAUAAAUCACACCAUACAUACAUAUUUAAAUAGGAAAUACCCCGGAUAUCCAUAACAUAACGACACCGAUUAAGCCAAACUGCAGGGAAAACAACAACAAAACACUCAGCGAGAGCCAGCAAAGAGAGAAAUCUAUUUUUUUUAUUAUUUAGUGCUAGCAAAAACAUUAAAACAUACAAAAACCAGGAGGAACGCAAAGGAAGGACAUCGUAUUGGAGAAUCUCGUCAGAUUAAGUGGAUUUCUAACUCCGAUAAAGCAUUGAAUGUUCUUGGAUCGCUGGACUACAAGGGGAA